CCUCAGAUCUGCUACAAUGGCAUCUGAUGACUUUGAUAUAGUGAUUGAGGCCAUGCUGGAGGCUCCCUAUAAAAAAGAGGAGGGAAAUGGAUGUUAGUGGAACAGAUGUUGGUGCAGCUAAAGGUUUGACUUCAAAAUCUCGUUUCUUCUUUUUGGGUAGUUUCCUUCCUUCUCUUAUUCUUUUUGUUAGGAGGUCCAGGUGCUUAGAAACUGUGUAGAUGAUUGAGAGCUUUGAUUUCAUGAACUUUCUUCCUUGUCCGCGUCUUUCUUUGCCCGAUGGAAUCUGUGUGUCUGCCACCUGGUGCCUUGUGUCAUUUUCCUGGCGAACCCCUCAGGAUGAGCAGCAAACUAACGAGGUUGAAAAGGAGAGCCCUAGUAACACCACCAACAGCACCAGCCGUACCGGCGGCAGUGGCAGUGGCACCAGGGGGAGCAGCGCCAGUGGGGAGGCAAGCAGGAAGAAGAGGAGUCGGAGCCAUAGUAAAAGCAGGGAUAGAAAACGCAGUCGUAGUCGAGACCGUCAUAGGCGGAGAAGCAGUCGGAGCCGGAGUCGAGAUCGGCAGCGUCGUCACCGCAGCCGUAGCUGGGAUCGUCGACAUAGUAGUGAGUCGCGAAGUCGAGACCGACGUCGUGAGGAUCGUGUGCGCUACAGGAGUCCACCGCUUGCCACUGGGCGUAGGUAUGGACACAGUAAGAGUCCUCAUUUCCGGGAGAAGAGCCCAGUCAGGGAGCCAGUUGAUAACCUGAGUCCUGAGGAGCGGGAUGCCCGCACGGUGUUCUGUAUGCAGUUAGCUGCCCGCAUUCGGCCUCGAGACCUGGAGGACUUUUUCUCCGCUAUUGGCAAGGUUCGAGAUGUACGUAUCAUCUCAGAUCGGAACUCACGCCGUUCUAAGGGCAUUGCCUAUGUGGAAUUCUGUGAGAUCCAGUCUGUGCCGCUGGCCAUUGGGCUGACCGGACAGCGGCUGCUGGGAGUGCCUAUCAUUGUACAGGCCUCACAGGCUGAGAAAAACCGACUGGCAGCCAUGGCCAACAACCUGCAGAAGGGCAGUGGUGGACCAAUGCGCCUCUACGUGGGCUCCCUGCACUUCAAUAUUACCGAGGACAUGCUCCGGGGCAUCUUCGAGCCCUUCGGCAAAAUUGAUAAUAUUGUCCUGAUGAAGGACUCAGAUACAGGCCGCUCUAAAGGUUAUGGUUUUAUUACGUUCUCUGACUCUGAGUGUGCCCGCCGGGCCCUGGAACAGUUGAAUGGCUUUGAGCUUGCUGGUCGGCCUAUGAGGGUUGGCCAUGUGACCGAGCGACUGGAUGGUGGCACAGACAUCACUUUUCCUGAUGGAGACCAGGAGCUGGAUCUGGGAUCAGCGGGUGGACGUUUGCAGCUCAUGGCCAAAUUGGCAGAAGGCUCUGGACUCCAGCUGCCGACCACCGCUGCUGCUGCCCAAGCUGCUGCCUUGCAACUGAAUGGAGCAGUUCCUUUGGGGGCCCUGAAUCCAGCGGCUUUGACUGCUCUGAGUCCGGCCCUGAACCUCGCCUCCCAGGCAAUCGCCUCCCAGUGCUUCCAGCUUUCCAGCCUCUUUACCCGCCAAACCAUGUGAGUCUCAAGGCCCAGCUCAUUUCGGUGUUCACAGUUACUUCCUUUCCUCCGGCUUCCCGUUUACAUUUUCUCCAUGCCACAGGUAAUUAGUGGCGCAGUCCACUGCCUCCCUGUGCCUCUAGGCCCUGCCACUCCCUUCUCCACGUCUACCCUUCCAUGGCCCCUUCUCUCCAUUCUGUGGACCAAACCAUCCUGAGGGUGUGAACAUUGACGAUGGGGGAACUGGGACCCCCUAGGACACCAAGAAGAGCUCCUGCCCACCGCAGCCGCAGUGGGAAUGGACUCUAGUGAGCAAAGCUGCCAGUUGAAGAGAAUAGAAUCUGCACUUGAAUUGAA